AUGUGGUCGUCGUUCUUCAAAUAUGCCAGUGGUUCAAUACUGCGUGACUCCUUUAGCAGGAGCUCCUCAGCGAUGAAUAUUCAAAGAACAAUUGUUACAAAAAAUAAUGGAUUAAAUAGCAUAUUGACAUUUACCACCACUGGAUCCGGUCUAUUAAAUAGUGGUCUACAAGGUGUACAGACACUUCACCCUACAUGGAACCCUCUAGGGAUGCUUUCACAACGUAGAUUUAAAAGUAGGGGUAAUACUUAUCAACCUAGUACAUUAAAGAGAAAGAGAAAAUUUGGUUUUUUUGCUAGAGCUAAAGAUAAACUGAAAUCAAAGAUUUUAAAGAACAGAAGAGAUAAAGGAAGAUGGUAUUUAACGCAUUAA